GCAACUAUCCGCUGUUGCAGACGUUCGCAGUGCAAAAAUUACAUAACCUCUUUGAGGCUAAGUGCAGAAUGUUUAUAAUAACCAUUUGUGUUUUUAUACAAAUACUUGUUGGCUUUAUAUGUGGUUUGUAAGCCCGAUACCAAUAUCUCUCUCCUGUAUAUGUCCACAGCUUGAACCAUGCGUGUAUCAUCGAUCCUGAAAGGCGCCCACUUCGGCAACCUCGCCAAGGUUCACGGCAUUGUCACCUACAAACUGUCGCCUUUUGAGCAGCGCGCCUUUGCCGGUGCCAUCAGCCAUGGUCUGCCCAACAUUGUGCGUCGCAUCCGCUCUAACAUCUUCCGUGUGGUACCACCCUUCAUCUUGGGUUAUUUGAUCUUCGAUUUGACCGAGCGCAAGCAUUCAGCUUUGCUACGUAAGAAUCCUGCUGAUUAUGAGAAUGACGAAUAAACGAACUGUCCUCCUAAUCGGUGUGCAUUAGCGAAUAGUGAUGUUAAGCUAAAUAAUAAAACCAAACCCACAGUUCAAUGAA